AUGGUGAUUUUUGAUGGCAUCGACGAGUGUAGCGAUAGCGAAGGAUUUGUGGAGUCACUCCUUCAGAUAUGCAACAAGACUCCAGAGGUUCGUCUCCUGCUCUUUAGCCGGAUCAAUGUCCCUGGCUUGAAGCUCUCUGUCUCGAAGAGCAUGGCAUUCACUAUGCCCAAGAGUCGAGUCACAGAGGACAUCAGCAGUUUCCGUCUCGGUCAGCUUGACGACAUGUUUGAACGGGAAGUCCUCUCCCGCGGUGGCGGCACCGAGGUCAAUCUCGCUAGGCGGGCUAGCGCUGGGGCGGUGCAGUCGACCAAAGUCCUAGUCCUCCCGGCUGCGCCCAUGUGUCUUCCUCCUGCUGCGCAAAUGGAGAUGACGGCUCUGCGGGACGUAGAAGAGCCGAGGUCAUGGAGCUUGGCUGAGGCAGAGACGACCUGGAGCGAAUGCCGGGGAAGAUAUAACCAAUUCACGAAAGAAAGGGACUAUAUUCUGAGGAUGCUAUGCAUCGUUAUGUCCCGGAUGAAGAAUUUGCGCGGCUCGCACGACUAUCUAGCUUCUUCAAUGCGGCUGGUAAUACAAUAG